GAACAACAGCAUAAAAGAAGUCUAAGUGAAACAAGGUAAAGUCCUCUCCUUUUAUAUUAUUAAACGUCCAAAACUUAACACUAAGUUAAACCCGACAACAAGGGAAAAACACACGCAGGAGCAACAGAAGAUCCAAAGCCAAAACCCAAGAUGAAAAUCACUGUAAUGACGGCAGAUGAACAGAUCCUUAGCUUAGAUGUUGAUCCUCAUGAAACUGUUGAAAAUUUGAAAGCUUUGCUGGAAGUGGAGACUACGGUGCCGCUACAGCAGCAGCAACUGCUGUACAAUGGGAGGGAAAUGAAGAACUUUGAAAAAUUGAGUGCAUUGGGUGUUAAGGAUGAGGAUUUAAUCAUGAUGGUCUCCGGUGCUGCUUCUAGUGCAUCUGCCAAUGAUUUGAGCUUCAAUCCUGAUGGAUCUGCUGUGAACCCUGGAGCUUUCCAGCAACACAUUCGACGUGAUUCUAAUCUAAUUGGACAACUAUUUCAGACUGAUCCUGAAUUUGCACAAGCUGUUGUCGGAAAUGAUCUUAACAAACUGCAGGACCUUCUGCGAGUGCGUCAUCGACAAAGAUCUGAAUUGCGACGACAAGAGGAGGAGGAACUUGCUCUUCUUCAGGCUGAUCCUUUUGAUGUUGAAGCACAAAAGAAAAUUGAAGCUGCCAUUCGUCAGAAAGGGAUUGAUGAGAAUUGGGCUGCUGCCUUGGAAUAUAAUCCUGAAGGUUUUGCAAGGGUGGUUAUGUUGUACGUGGACAUGGAGGUUAAUGGUGUCCCAUUGAAGGCAUUUGUUGAUAGUGGGGCACAGUCAACAAUAAUUUCAAAAAGCUGUGCUGAGCGGUGUGGAUUGCUUAGGCUUUUAGAUCAAAGAUAUAAAGGUAUUGCUCAUGGAGUUGGCCAAUCAGAGAUACUGGGACGAAUACAUGUUGCUCCAAUCAAGAUUGGAAAUAUAUUUUAUCCUUGCUCCUUCUUGGUUCUGGACUCUCCCAAUAUGGAGUUUCUCUUUGGAUUGGAUAUGCUCCGUAAACACCAGUGUAUUAUUGAUUUGAAGGAGAAUGUUCUUAGAGUUGGAGGAGGAGAAGUAUCUGUACCAUUUUUGCAAGAAAAGGACAUACCUUCUCGCUUUCUUGAUGAAGAAAGGUAUUCGAAGCAAGCAUCCAGCUCAGGAGCUACUGCAACAACUGGAAUAACAGAGAAGAAUCCUAGUUUGCAAUCUGGAGGUCAAUCUUCUGGAGGUGUACGAGGUGAUGUGACACAGAGACCUGAUUUUGAAGCCAAAGUUGCAAAGCUUGUUGAGCUGGGGUUUGCAAGACAAAUGGUGAUAGAAGCUCUUAAAUUAAGUGAUGGCAAUGAAGAGCAGGCUGCUGGGAUUCUCUUUGGAGGCUGAAGAAUCACUUGCAAUUUCCAUUUUUAGAAAUAACUUUGAUUUCAAUUAUUAAAUGACAAACUUUUACACAUUGAUAAACCUGUACUUGAUAUCCAUUUGAUUUGAAUUGUUUAUACAUAACUGAGGAAGUGUCGCAAUUCAAAAGAAACUGAAUUUUCAUUGAAAGAAACAUUUUUUUCC